AUGGACAACCCCAAUCGUGUCAUAUCCUUCGAUGACUUCGAAGAGGAGAGCGUAUCUUCUUCCGAGUCUUGGUAUCCCCCACCGAAUCUCCCGCAGAAUCUCGCAUCGCAUCACCAAUCUCAUCCUCAGAUUCUUUGCGUGAACCCAGCAGAUUUGAACUCUUAUGGUCAAGUGCAAGUGAUCCUUCCCUCGAGCUGUGCUAUCUGCCCAAAAAUGGCACAGUAUGACUGCGGUGAUUGCCGUGCCAUCUCAUACUGUAGCCCGGAGCAUGCGCAACUCGACGAAUCCUCUCACAAAGAAGCUUGCUCGAACAUCUAUGAGAGCAGUCAAAGACUCGAGAUAUUGAGACAGCAGCUUGUCUCCCGCAUUCCAAGCCCCUUCCGCCACAACAUCGGACAGUUCUGGGCGAUGCCCGAGACCUCCGUGUACUUGCAGGAGAUGUCCAAUCUGGUGGAAUUACUGGGGUCAAUAAUUCACCGCACGGCGGUUGAACGACGCCUCGUCUAUGCCUUCCACGUCAUGUAUUUUGGAGGAAGCGAUCGCCAGAGCUUCAGAUUCAGAGUCCCAGCUCUCAUGAUGCGUAUCAACCGGGACCAAGAGUGCUACGACUUCAUGAAGUGGCGCUCCAACAACCACAACAGAGACCGGUUGAGCCAAAUGUCUCUCGAGACCAUGAGGGUCCGCUUUGCAAACCCCAUCAUCACCGGGCCCCGUAUCAUCAGCCAGGACAACUUCGUGGGCUACAUCGACGAGGAUAUCUUCGAGCCGAUCGAAGAAUUCGACCGGGAAACAUCCAUCAUGACACUGAUUCCGCUGUGUCUGGUGAAGAUCCGAUUCCUAUUCGAGGUCCAGCGGAUGGAGCUGGCAGUCCAAGCCUUUGGUUCGCGAUUCCCCAACGAGGUCUUGGACAUGAUCGUGAAGAACAUCCCCACGACCAAGAAAAUCGCCCAGAAUCAACAACUUGUCGAAAACCCAUUCGUUCGGCUUGGGGCUAUGGAGACGCUGAUGGGUCAAAUCCUACAGCUCUACAACAAGAUCCAUAGCCUCAAUCCUUACGUUUGGAAAGGGAUGGUGUGGGCAAAGCGUGGUGAUGCUCGGCGGGGGGAGAUGGAUCCCCAGUGGCUCGCGUGGGACAUGGAGACCUACGUGAAGAACAACUGGGAAUCAUGGAUCGAGACUCCUGGAGCGAUUUCGCUCCUGAAGAGAAUCAUGGCCGAGACAGGAAACACUUGA